GGGCGAGGAUGGGGCGGCGCGGCGGCUGGCGGGCGGCGGGGCUGCUGCUGCUGCUGCUGCGGGCGGCCGGCGGAGACGCGCUGCGGGACGAGGCCGAGGCGGCCCCGCCAGGGAACAGCCGGCCCUACGCCGUGCUCCAGACGCAGAACCUGGUUCUGAUGGGAAGUGUCUUUGGCAUCCUGCUCGUCGCCAUGAUCCUGCUGUCUGUGUGUGUGUACAAGCCCAUUCGCCGACGGUAGCCCAGGAGCAGCAUCUUCAGGAGGGCUGGAGGCUGGUGGCUGGAGGGGAGACCCAGCUCCCAACACCAACGCGGGCCAUGUGCUCUGAUACACACUUCAUCUUCAUGCCCAACCAGCUUCUGGGCACGCUGAAGGGGGCUGUGCUUCCUUCCAUCUUCCAUGUAAAAGUUGUUUUGCUCUUGGUC